AUGGCGAUUAGGAAUGCAGUGAGAGAUGUAUUUCCCGAAGUCAGACAUAGAUUAUGCGCUUGGCACCUUAUUCGAAAUGCAACUAGCAAUGUUGGAAAUCCAUCGUUUACAUCUAAAUUUAGAAAAAUCAUGACAGGAGACUACGAGAUUCCCGUGUUUAAGCGUAAGUGGGUUCAGCUUAUUGAAGAAUUUGGCAUUGAGGAUAAGCCGUGGGUGAUCAACAUGUACGAAGAGAAGCAUAUGUGGGCUACUGCAUAUCUAAGAGGAAAAUUCUUUGCUGGCUUUAGAACUACAUCAAGAUGUGAAGGUUUACACUCAGUUGUGGGAAGGUAUGUGGGGUCGCGGUAUGAUUUGACGAGUUUUGUAGAGCAUUUUCAAAGGUGUGUAGCACACAUGUGCUUUAACGAAUUUAAUGCUGAUUAUGAAUCUACACGUGGGGUGCCCGUCAUGCAAACUUGUAUAGAGCUGCUAGAGAGAUAUGCUGCUGAGUUAUACACUCAUGAGAUAUUUCUUUUCUUUCGGCCAUUUCUCUCCAGAGCUGGAUCAAUGCGGGUUCUGAACAUAGAUAAUACCGAUGAUUGCAUAAAGUACACUGUGUGUAAACAUGGGAGGCCCGAUUUUACGUGGACCGUUGAUUUUCGUCAAGAAGAAAUGAUCUUCAUGUGUACCUGUUUACGAAUGGAGUCAUUUGGUAUUCCCUGCGAACAUAUUGUGAAAGUUCUGGUUGACAGAGACAUCCGUGAGAUUCCCCGGUCAUUGGUAUUGGAUAGAUGGACAAAAAAGGUUAAAUCAGCACUCAAUGAUCCAAGUGGGUUCACCAGGGAUGCUGUUGUUAUUAGUCGUCAAAGUGCUUUGGUGGAAUUUUCUAAACAACUGGCUGCUGUUGCUGCUAAAGUACCAGAGAGAUAUGAAGAGACACGUGAUUUAAUUAUGGGAUUGUACUCAUCUUACAAGGCUGCAGACGAAGGAGAUAAUCAACCUCACUCAGGUGUAGCUAGAAGUAGCAAUCCGUAUGUGCAUCCAACCACUGGAGGCUCAGGACAGCCAUCUAAGAAGAAGAAGCGGCAACGUUGUAGUGUUUGUCAAAUGGAAGGACAUAAGAAGACAACAUGUCCUUGGCAAAAGGACAUUGACAACAACAUUAUGGAGAAUGAAGCAAUCGGUUCGGACGAUGGAGACAUGUGUACCGAAGCGACGGCUGAGUUAGAUAGUGAUAGUUAG